ACUCUUCACCAUCUUCAACUCUCUCACUCUUUCUCUCUAAGACCUAAACCCAAAACACCAACACUACCAAGUCCCAAAGCUUACCCAUCUAGCCAUGCAGCAAAGCUCACCGGAAGAGAACAACAUUAGAGGUCCUCAGUUCUGCAUCAACGACCACAUUGACAUCGUCGUCGAGGUCCUCAAACGCCUCGACGGUCCCUCCCUCGGCGUCGCCGCUUGCGUCUGCCGUCUCUGGUGCUCCGUGGCCCGCAACGACUCUCUCUGGGAGCACCUAUGCUUCCGUCACGUGUCGUCUCCGCCGCCCUCUUCUGUUCGGCCAGUCGUGGUGGCCUUGGGAGGCUACAAGAGGCUAUACAUGGUGUGCGUGCGGCCGGUGCUGAGUCGACUCAGCGACUCGGACCUGGUGAGGCGGGUGUGGACUAGGGACGAGGUGCAGCUCUCGCUGUCGUUGUUCUGUGUUGACUACUACGAGAGGAGGCUCGGCGGCGGCGAGGCGUCGGCGUCGUCCUCGCUCAUGUUCCUCUGCAACCCUGUGAACGUUUGACUUUUGGGAGCGUUGACUGUAGUAUGAUGGUAAUAAUAGUACUUAGUUAUACAAAUCAAUUUCUUUACUUAAUUAGGUAAAAAAAAAAUAAUGAUUUUUUUAAAAAAAUAUUGAGUUAUUAUUUGGGUGGGGGGAGAAAAUGGAAGAUGGUGGUGCUUUUCAUGUAUUAUUUUUUAAUUUUAUUGUAAUUUUCUUUGAGGAAAUUGUAAGAAAAAUUAAUGUCUAUUUGUUAAUUGAAAAUUACCUUGUGGAACUAA